CCAUGUUUGUAAAUUAAUAAUUUAAACAUUUUCCUGUUCAAUAAUUAUAAUAAAUAGAAAAAAAAACCUAUGUGAUCGCCAUUUUUAAAAUACCUUCAGAAGUUUCUGCGUUUCAUUUUUAACGUUGCAACCGGAAAUAAGUCAUUAAAUGGGUCAUUAAUAAACAUUGAUAUGUAAUUUACUGAGAACAAAGAACUUGCUGUUGAUAUUUUGAAAUUUGUUUAAAAGAUGAAGAAAGUUGUACUAUUUAAAAGUGUGUCAGAGGACUACAAAAAAGUCUUUAAUGACAAUAAUUAUGAGGCUAUUUUUGUUGAACCUUUGCAGUUUGAUUAUAUGAAUUUAAAUGAAUUGGGAGACAAGUUAGCAGAAAGUGAAUAUAAGGGUAUGAUACUCACGAGCCCCAGAGCUGUUGAGGCAGUUUCUAAGUGUUGGUCGCCGUCCAAGUUCGUAACUUGGAGCACUAAAAGGGUGUACACUGUGGGAGAAGUUAGCAACAACAAGAUAAAGUUACUGCUUGGUUUAGAGGCUCUUGGCACCACAACAGGAAAUGCAGAAAAUUUAGCCAACCUUAUAGCUAAUGAGAACUGUGAAAAUGAGAAAUUUCUAUUCCCAUGUGGCAAUUUAAGGUCAGAGAUUUUACCCAACAUACUUGAAACUAAAGGUAUAAAGGUUGACCCUGUGACAGUUUAUGAAACUAAAGAAAAUGAAAACUUAAAGAGUAAUUUACUGGAGCUCAAUGACACCAUGAACCCUUGCUGUAUGGUAUUUUUCAGUCCCUCGGGUUGUGAAUACAUUUAUCGCCAACUACAGACAUUCAACAACAACCUCUCCAACCUUCCACACUUUGCUAUCGGCAAUUCAACUGCACACAAAAUUGAGAACCUCGGUGUAGAGAUAGCGGGUGUAGCCGAGAAACCAAAAGCAGAAAGUGUCAUAGAAUCUGUUCAACAAUAUUUUAGGACUCACGAGCUGUGCGGGUAGAGUGCAUUAUUAUAGUGUUGUCUGUUUUACUGAUGUAUAAAUAUUUACAAAUGUUGUGUUAUAUUUAUUGUAUAUUUUAAAAGGUGUUAUCUAUUAUAUUCCAUCAAUAAAUUUCAAUUGAUAUGUAAUAACUAAUAAUCAACAAAGGAAAAUAGUCAGUGUUAAUAUUGCAAAAAAAUAUACAGCAGCCAUUAAAACUUCAUUUUAACAUUGAGACCUUUGAUCCAGCAAAUAUUAUUAAGGAGAUGAAUAUCCACUCCACAAACUACAAAAAUUUAUUGGUUAUCUGUGAAUAUUCUUGAAUACAUGCAUAUAAUGACUUACAAAAUCUAUAAACAAUAAUUGUUCUCACAAUCACUGAUCCAAUAAAAUUUCAAUGCUAAAAAACAUUUUCACAGAGUCAACUACCAACAAAUCUUUCUUGGAAAAUUCAGUACAGAGUACCAGAAUAUAAUGUGUAAUCUAUGUUCAGUAUUUCUGAAUCCAAUCAUAAUAUAUAAACCAUUAUUGUACUAACAUAUAAUUAAGUAUCUUGUAACAUUAAGUGCUUUGUAAAAUACAUAUAAACUAAGUUCACCGGGAUGUUAAUAGUGAACUAGUAAUAAAUAACAACACACACUUGUAUAAAACCAUAUAUGUAUUAUCGUUAAAAUUUAAAAGUAAAAUUUACUCGCACAAAUUUAAUGGAGAUCAUUCAUUACGGAAUCAUCACAUCCUUCUUGUAAAUAAACAUGUGACACACAAAGCUGACUUGCACAUAAACAUACACAGAUCACAACGGCCCCACAGAUUACUGUACUCGAGAUGUUGGCAAACGUAUUCUGCUGUUACAGACGCCUCUUGUAACGUCUCACUUAACGUUUGUGACGGAAAUAUAUCUUUAAAAAUCAUUUAAAACGUACGGGCCGCAUAUAAAUGCAAUGUUGGCUUAAACUUGAGUGUUCAAUAACAAGUGUGUCCGCGGAUGUUGUGAGAAUAAUGCUAAAGUAACACUUAAAGACAACAAACUUUCACUUACAUGAUACGGUGCAAUAAAGUUAAGGAAUCAAAUAACCUUUGGUGAUAUGUAUAUUACACAAAGAAAGAAAUGUCCUCCGGCACCUCCACACCCGCAGCGGACGAGGGAGACCGCCAGCGGGAUGCCGCGGGAUGCCACAGGAUGCCACGACGGUUCUCAAACAUUCUAGUUUACUGAAGGGACAUCUCAGUUCAUGUUCAACAAUAAUUCUAAUAUUACAGAAUAAAAUUUGUAAUAUGAGCGAUACAUAAUCAGUUUCAAUGUCACGGUGUGAAGAUGCAGCGGGGGGUAUAAAAUUUUUGUACAAAAGUUAUGUAUGUUAUAGUUAUGUAUAUUUAGUUUUAGUAAGUUUCUAUAUAAGUUGCAAAGUAAUAAAAAAAUGUUCAAUAAUUGUGAAUAA